AUGACAUUGAUCAUUGGAUUGAAGAGGAAUAAGAAGAAGAAGGGCAUCGUGACUCAUGGAGCAGCUUGUGCGACUCCAGGCUCAUCUUCUUCCACCAAUCCUUUCUAUGCUCUAGGCAACACUCUCAUCGUUACUAAUGCUUUAUUGAGUCAAGUUCCUGAAAGACAUCAGGGGUCAAUUUGGCCACUGGGCUGUUUGAUGAAGUACUGCUCUAUGCUACGAAAUCGUAUGCUGGCUGAUCCUUCCUUUCUUUUUAAAGUUGGGACAGAGAUAGUCAUAUAUUCUUAUUGUGCAACAUUUGCAGAAGUUCAGAAAAGGGUAAAGGAUUUUUGGGCUGAGUUUGAGUUGUACGUUGCUGAUCUUUUGGUUGGAAUAGCUAUUGACAUUGCCUUGGUUGGCAUGUUGGCACCCUAUGCUCGAAUUUGGAAAGCCAUCAGUAUCACAAGGAUUAUUUGGAAGUUAACAACUAUAUCAUUUCAUUUGCAUAAUAGAGGUAUCUUGUUAUUACUAGUAUUCUUCACUGCUGGGGCUGGCAAUACAAUGCUGAUCAGUGAUGCUGGGAAAAUUUAUGCCUUUGGAAAGGACUCAAGAUGGUUUUAA